AUGGAACUUAGAGGCCAAGAUAAGGAACUAGAGAUGCCAAACUCCUUGAAUUACAAUCCACCAAAUAAUAGAGAUUCUUCCUCGAAAGUCCCUAAUUCUGGGCCUGCGAGAAGAGAUCAUCAUCAUCAUACUGCUACAGUACUACCUCUUACCCUCGAUGACCAAUCUCUUUAUCAUCAUCAUCAACAACAACACCACCAAGCUCAGAAACCCACAGGAGAUCUUGACCUAACUCCAGAUCCAGCUCAAGCUACAACCUCAAUUGCAAAUACAAGUGCAACAAACACAGCACCAACUCCAAGUAGAUCAAUUUCAAGAUCACCACCUCCAACAGCAUCUUCGGCGUCAACGAGAUAUCGAGAAUGUUUGAAGAAUUAUGCGGCGAGCAUGGGAGGACUUGUUUUGGACGGAUGUGGAGAAUUCAUGCCGGGCGGUGAGGAGGGUACCCUAGAGGCCUUCAACUGUGCAGCUUGUCAAUGUCACAGGAAUUUUCACAGAAGAGAGGUUGAUGGAGAGCCACAAUGUGUACCCAAUAGUACUCGUUACAAAAACAGCAAUGGACAAAGAAAUAUUCUGCCGCCCCCUCAGCAACUUGUCACUUCGCAUGCUCCACCACAACCAUCUUUUCAUCAGCAUCACAGAUACCAUCAUGCCUCAUUGAAUACUUAUGCCGCUCCAAUUGCGCCGAUGAUGAUGAGCUUUGGCGGCGGCGGAGGUGGGGCUGCAGCGGAAUCAUCAAGUGAAGAUCUCCAUAUGUAUCAAUCAAAUUUGCAAAUGCAAGCAUCGGUGCAGCCAUCGAUGUCGAAGAAGAGGUUUAGGACGAAGUUCAGCCAAGAACAGAAGGACAAGAUGAUGGACUUUGCCGAGAAGUUGGGAUGGAGGAUCCAAAAGCAAGAUGAGCACGAGGUGCAGCAGUUUUGCUCCCAAGAGGGUGUAAAGAGAAAAGUUUUCAAGGUUUGGAUGCACAACAAUAAACAAUCCAUGAAGAAGAAGCAAAUGUAA